CUUCGCAGUCUGCUGGCAUUGCAGAUAUUAUGUGGCCAAAUGUGGCACAGCCACGCAAGAAGAUCCAUCACUAAUGCAACUUCGUAUCUUAUUUUCAUCAGUUAGGACUGUUUUUGGCGUUGCUUUGCCAUUCAGGAGACAUUCAAAGCUUGGAUAAUCGCUUGACGCGAGGCCAGUAAGGCAAUUCCAGUGGAUAAGUUCUUCCUAAAACCAUAAUGAACGUUAUUCAGCAUAUAAAAGUAAGGUAUCAUCCUCCUAAUCCUUCAGAUUUAUUUGAUCCCAUACCAUUUCAGACACAAUGCGUUCCUCUGCAAUUGUCUUCGCCGUUGUCGCCGCUUUGACAUCAUCGAUCUCUGCCACGCCCAUCAAUGCGGGGACUGAUCAAUGUCCUUCGUCUUGCACGAGUGACGACCAAUGCUGGGAAUGCUUUUUCGGGCUUUGCAACCAAUUUCACUGCAAAGUGAGUCGUAUUUCUUCUGUCACAUCGAUGCAGUACGGGACGUGCAAAUUGCUAGUGAUUGGUCAAGUUAAUCAACGUGCAUCAAGUCCAAUCAUAGAGUUGGCGUGGAAUUUUGGUUCAACUAGGAAAUGUCUGUAGAUAUAUAUAAGACGUGUUGCUCGAAGGAUACAGAAACAAUACUAUUAAAAGGAAGUCGUUGAUCUGUUGUAAUGUCAGUAACUCUUGCCCCUGCUGAAUAUUGAAUCACCGAAGACAGGCCUGUACUAGGUCCCGAACCGUACAGUUCCCAACUCCAACUUUCGACAUUGAUCAUUUCAACGACGUCCGACAAGAUCUAGAUACGCACUAUGUGGACAGGCUGCGUCACAUGGUAUUUGAGUCUUAGCAGGCGAAGUAUAUGACAAGCACAGGAUCGCCUAUAAUGAUGGUAUGCGCCUGUAGAAUGUAUCGUCAGUGAAGGUUCAUUGGUUCGUUUCGUCUUGGAAGACUCGUGGACGGUUGUAGCAUGUGUGACAAG